AUGGACAAAGAGGAUGAAAUUGAGAAAGAACUCAAGAGAUUGGGUUGCUCCAAUGCUUCAUCAAAGGCAGAAACUGUGAGUAGGGCCUCUGAUAGAGGAAAUAAUUAAAUAUCUACUCAUACUUCUGAAAAAAACGCUUUGAGUUUAAAGAGUGAGGAGGCUUCGGGAAAUCGCCAGGAUGAACUUGGUAAGCAUUAAUAGCAAUAGGCAAAUUAAGCAAAAUUCGGAAAUAUCGGACUGCUUAACAGAAGCUUUAAUGUCCCUGAUAACAAAAUUAAACGUGAAGAUCAAAAAGAAAUUAUGGGCAAUGGAUAAGGAUUACCUGGAUCUGCUACAUCUGAUAGAACUCAAAAAGGCUCAAACCAGUUUUAUGCGACUAACAAAGUUGAGCCUAAGAUCUAAGGAACUCAUGGUCACUAAACUAUGAUGCACAAUGCGAGUGGGGCUUUUGGAAGUGCUGGCUAGCAUAAUUUUCAAGCUAGAAAUAAUUCAUAGGUACCAGUUAUCACUAAAGACGGAAGGCCAGCUUUCCCACCGAUGCCAAAUAAUGCCAAUCCAAGAUUUGGAAAUCAAUCUCAAGGCAUGUAUCCACAGUAAUAAGGAUUGGUGAAACCAUAGGCUAUCGUUGGAACAAUGAUGCCUGCUGACGGUCAACAUAGAGGCCAUGAAUUCUAAAGAACUAAUUUUAACAAUGCUCCUUUUCCUGGUCAAUAAGUUGCAAUGAUAAACAAUGCCCCAUCUUCACUGCUCUCCGGUUACAGACCAGGUGCUUCAAUUGAGUCUUAGCAAUUGGCUCAAUAAUAGCAAAAUAUGUAAAAUUAAGACUAAAGACCCCAGCCAGUUUUGUAAAAUAUUGUAUCAACAGCGAAUCUUGGUAUCAAGCUUGAUUUGAGAAAGAUCGCACUCAACUGUAGAAAUGCUGAAUAUAACCCUAAGCGUUUUGCUGCAGUCAUCAUGCGUAUCAGAGAACCAAAGACUACAGCAUUGAUAUUCAGCUCAGGCAAGAUGGUCUGCACUGGUGCUAAAUCAGAAGAAUUCAGUAAGGAUGCUGCAAAGAAGUAUUCAAAGGCAAUCAAGAAGGUAGGAUUUGAAGAUGUAAAUAUGCAAGACUUCAAAAUUCAAAAUAUUGUUGGCUCUUGUGACGUUAGAUUCCCAAUUUCACUUGAAAGUCUAUCCUAAGAGCAUGAUAAGUUCAGUCAAUAUGAGCCUGAAAUCUUCCCAGGUCUCAUCUACAGAAUGGCUAACCCAAAGAUAGUGCUUCUAAUCUUUGCAAGUGGCAAAAUUGUCCUCACUGGUGCUAAGAACAAAAACGACAUUACUCUUGCUUUCAAUAAUAUAUAUCCUGUACUCUAGAAGUUCAAGAGGAGAAAUACAAGAUUAGUCCCUCCAAACUGA